AUGAACUUGUGGCCCCUGCUCCCAUUUCUGGGCCUGCUUCAUGGAGUCCAGUCGCAAGAAUGCACUCCUCCUAAUGAACUUAGUUGGUUCAACGUCACCGACCAACGCUACAUCGAUGCCCUGUCUUCCUCCUGCACGACCAUGAUCGGUGCCCUCAUGAUAGCAACCAAUUUUACCGGCCCGUUCAUUCUGCCCAACAUUACCAACAUCACAGGAGAAAUCAUGCUGGAUUGGUGGGAUUUCAAACCGACGCCUAAUGUGACGGUUAUCGACCUACCGGACCUUCAGUACAUGCAAAGCGACAUACAGGUGGGGUCCCUAGCCAACACGCUGGAGAGAAUAUCCCUUCCGAAGCUCGAAUAUCUACGGUCUAUGCAUCUUAAACAGUACAUCGAUCAUGCGAAGUUGGAUUUCAGCGGACUGAAGAAGGCGGAUCGCCUUUUCCUGCGGGGUAAUUAUUCCAAAGUAAGCUUCGACUCACUGCAGAAUGUCACCCGUGGUUUAAACAUCUGCAACCAAGAGGUGUGUAGCAAGGGCUUUUCUUAUAAGGGACCGGGUCCACGGCGCGCAAUGGAGGUUUCUCUGCCAAAUCUUGAAGUCGCGCAGGAGGUGCUUAUCGCGGGAGAUGUAUCCGAGCUCAUCGCGCCCAAGUUAUCCACUGCGGAAUUAUCCGUCCACUCGGCAAACACGUCUGUACAAUUCCAUUUUCCGCACUUGACACACUGCGACGAUUGGCUCGAUCUAGAGGGUCGUAUCACAGGACUCUCUAUGCCCCGCCUUCAAGACGUCGCCGGUAUCAUGAAAAUCAGGUCCAGCUAUCCUCUCAAUGUUACCCUACCAGCCACCGAAAGCCAUAAUGUCAUUCUUGAAGGACAGAUUGAAGAUGUCUCCAUGCCCAACCUCGAAAAGUUCGAAACGUUGCGAAUCGAAUCCGACCUCCCGCUCGACUGUGAUAGGGUCGUCGAUCGAAUUAACGAAACAUCAAUCGAACCUCAUAGCAAAUAUAGUCUGGGAUGCAAAUCGACAUACGAGAAGCCAUCGGGAGGGCUAGCUACUAAGGCGAAGAUAGCUAUUGGAGUCGUAGUGGGGGUUGUUGGACUGGGAAUCGUCGUUGGGGGGAUUUUCUUCUGGAAGAAGAAACGGGUGACGAAGAAGAAGACUCCCUCGGAGGUGGAGUUGACUACGUUUGCAACGGGACAGCAAAGAGAAGGUCCUGGACAGGGACCGGGAGAGGCAGAAGUGGUGCACGAUCCACCUCCUCCGUAUACGGCUGAUAGGGGUUAG